UCAUGCAAGGCGAUCCUGACGGCCACCUGCCCACCGGUUUGACAGUGGCGGACUAUGUGCGUGCCGCCGAGCCGCCACACGAGCAGCGAGAGGCCUUCUUUCCUCUCACCGCCGUCGCGCGCUCAGACCUCCGCGGCCUCGCCUUUCGCACUGGCUACGCGCCGCCCGGCGCCGCUUUCUUCACGGGGGAGCUCGUCGGCCCGCCCGCCGGCCACGCAGCCUCCUGGCAAGCCACCAACCGUGCGCGGCUGCCGGUGCUGCUGCAGCCGCUUGGGCUGUGGAGCGGUGGUGGCGAGAGCGACGAGGAGUACGAGGCGUCGCUGCGCUCCCGUCGCGCGCUCACACGCUUUGUCAACCGGAGCCGCGUCGCGGUGCCCUACCGCAAGCUUGAUGCGGGGCUCAGCAUGCUCGCGACCUCGAUGCAUUGGAUCGAGCGCCGGCAAGCGGAGCAGCGCGCGGCAGGCUCGCUCGAGCGCUUCUGGCGCAGAUUUCUCGGCGGCGCACCGCCCUCGCGCCUCUACCACGCGCAGGGCGCGCAGUUCGGCGUGAGCGCCGCCGCCGUGCGCCGCCACCCGCGCGCGCUCUAUCGGGCGAUGCUCGAGGAGCUUGCAAGCGGCGGCCGCGACCCGGUCACCUCGUACUAUUGCGAGCUCGUCUGGUGGUACCUGUUCGCGGCGCCGGAAGCGGCACUGGGCUGGUGACACGCUUGCACUCUGAACUGUCCAGCCGCAGCCGCUUGCGGCUUCGAGGGGUCGGGGUAGUUAGCGUAUAGGCAGUGAUAUAUAAGUUGA